AUGUUCGAGACGCAGCAGAUGUACACACGUGCGAAGACCGAGGAGUUGGACAUCGAAUCGGGUGAAACCCUCUACCCAGGGUUGAGCCUCGGCGAGAACCAGCUCCGAUGGGGCUUCAUCCGCAAGGUCUACGGCAUCCUCUCCGUUCAGAUCGUCCUCACCACCGUCGUCUCUCUCGUCACCGUUUUCUAUUCCCCCAUUAACGACCUCCUCAAGGGCAAUUCCUCUCUCCUCCUUGUCCUCCUCUUUCUCCCCUUCAUCUUUUUGAUUCCUCUGCUGAAGUACCAGCAGAAGCAUCCUCAUAAUUACAUCUUCCUUGGACUCUUCACCGUCUCCAUCAGCUCCACUAUUGGAGUCACGUGUGCCAACACCGACGGGAAAAUUGUGCUUGAGGCGUUGAUUUUGACCUCGGCUGUGGUUUCGUCUCUCACGGCAUAUGCCUUCUGGGCCUCAAAGAAGGGCAAGGAUUUUAGCUUCCUUGGCCCGAUAUUGUUCACCUCCCUGUUUACUCUCUUCCUCACCGGCAUGAUGCAGAUGUUCUUCCCUCUUGGGCCUACUGCCCAUGCUAUCUAUGGUGCAAUUGGUGCCAUGAUUUUCUCGGGCUAUAUUGUGUAUGACACCGACAAUCUGAUCAAGCGCUUCACUUAUGACGAGUACAUUGGAGCCUCGGUCACUCUUUAUCUUGACAUUCUCAAUCUCUUCCUUUCCAUAUUGAGGGUCCUCAGGGAGGCAAAUAACUAG